CCUCCUCUGGCGUCCUGGGGUCUGAGGUGGGCGUGGCCAAGCCGGCUUUAGGUCCGGGGAGUGUCUCGCCAGCGGCAGCACACCCCUGUAAGUGGCGGCCAGGGCUGCGGUGGCAAAGUGAGCUGUCAACUUUAGGUUGACAGGGGUGUGGCCGCGACCGCAAGGGCUGUUGUUGUCGGGUGGACCCAACAGGGAUGGGCCGCUGGGGACGGCUGCUGGUGUGGUUCGGAGCCGCGGGCGCCAUUCUCUGCUCUAGCCCGGGGUCCCAGGAGCCUUUUCUGCCGUCCUCGCCCCUGCCGCUGGCAAGUCCCAGCCCCCGGGACCCGAAAGUCAGCGCCUGGCCUAGCAUCUUAGAGCCAGCCUCCCCGCUGAAUUCUCCGGGCACCGAGGGGUCUUGGCUGUUUUCUACCUGCGGGGCCAGCGGCCGGCAUGGGCCCACACAGACACAAUGUGACGGGGCGUACGCGGGGACCAGCGUGGUGGUGACCGUGGGGGCCGCCGGGCAGCUGAGAGGCGUGCAACUGUGGCGCGUGCCGGGCCCUGGCCGGUAUCUGAUCUCAGCCUACGGAGCCGCGGGCGGCAAAGGCGCCAAGAACCACCUGUCGCGGGCGCAUGGCGUCUUCGUCUCAGCAAUCUUCUCCCUCGGUCUGGAGGAGUCGCUGUACAUCCUGGUGGGGCAGCAGGGAGAGGACGCCUGUCCCGGAGGUAGCCCGGAGAGCCAGCUCGUCUGCCUCGGGGAGUCUCGAGCCGUUGAAGAGCACGCGGUGAUGGAUGGGAGCGAAGGGGUCCCGGGGUCGCGGCGCUGGGCGGGAGGUGGCGGGGGUGGCGGGGGCGCCACCUACGUUUUCCGGGUGCGCGCUGGCGAGCUGGAACCGUUGCUGGUGGCGGCCGGAGGCGGCGGUCGGGCCUACCUGAGGCCGCGGGACCGAGGCCGGACUCAGGCCGCCCCCGAGAAACUGGAGAACCGCUCGGAGGCGCCCGGGAGCGGCGGGAGAGGCGGGGCGGCAGGUGGUGGGGGCGGCUGGACGUCGCGGGCUCCCUCUCCGCAGGCCGGCCGCUCACUGCAGGAGGGGGCGGAGGGCGGCCAGGGCUGCUCCGAGGCUUGGGCGACCCUUGGCUGGGCCGCAGCCGGCGGCUUCGGGGGUGGCGGCGGGGCCUGCACUGCGGGCGGAGGCGGCGGCGGCUACAGGGGGGGCGAUGCUUCAGAGACUGACAACCUCUGGGCUGAUGGGGAAGAUGGAGUAUCCUUCAUACACCCCAGCAGCGAGCUCUACCUGCAGCCUCUGGCAGUCACUGAGAACCACGGAGAGGUAGAGAUCCGAAGGCACCUCAACUGCAGUCACUGCCCUUUGAGAGACUGCCAGUGGCAGGCAGAGCUCCAGUUGGCUGAAUGCCUGUGCCCAGAAGGCAUGGAGCUAGCUGUGGAUAACGUCACCUGCAUGGAGCUGCACAAGCCCCCAGGGCCUCUGGUUCUGAUGGUGGCUGUGGUGGCAACCUCAACAUUGAGCCUCCUUAUGGUGUGUGGGGUCCUGAUUCUGGGUACGAAGCGUCUAGCAGGCACAGUUGAUUCAAGGCUGCUCCUCUCCAUGAAGCAGAAGAAGUGGCAGGGCCUGCGGGAGAUGAGGCUGCUGAGCCCUGAGCUUGAGCUGAGCAAGCUUCGAACCUCUGCCAUCAGGACAGCCCCCAAUCCCUAUUAUUGCCAGGUGGGGCUUGGCCCGGCCCAGUCCUGGCCUCUGCCCCCAGGUGUCACCGAGGUUUCCCCAGCCAAUGUUACUCUGCUCAGAGCCCUGGGCCAUGGUGCCUUUGGGGAGGUGUAUGAGGGACUGGUAAUUGGCCUUCCUGGGGACUCCAGUCCCCUGCAGGUGGCUAUCAAGACCCUGCCAGAACUCUGCUCUCCUCAGGAUGAGCUGGAUUUCCUCAUGGAGGCGCUCAUCAUCAGCAAGUUUAGCCAUCAGAACAUUGUGCGGUGUGUGGGGCUCAGCCUCAGGGCCACCCCUCGCCUCAUUCUGCUGGAACUGAUGUCUGGAGGGGACAUGAAGAGUUUCCUGAGGCACAGUCGGCCACACCUGGGCCAGCCAUCACCUCUGGUCAUGCGGGACCUGCUGCAGCUGGCCCAGGACAUAGCCCAGGGCUGCCACUACCUAGAGGAAAAUCACUUCAUCCACAGGGAUAUUGCCGCCCGGAACUGUCUGCUGAGCUGCACUGGACCCAGCCGAGUGGCCAAGAUUGGGGACUUCGGGAUGGCACGAGAUAUCUACCGGGCCAGUUAUUACCGCAAGGGUGACCGGGCCUUGCUCCCAGUCAAGUGGAUGCCCCCAGAGGCCUUCCUGGAGGGCAUCUUCACAUCCAAGACAGAUUCCUGGUCUUUUGGGGUGCUGCUCUGGGAGAUCUUCUCACUGGGCUACAUGCCCUAUCCUGGGCGCACCAACCAGGAGGUGCUGGACUUCGUCGUUGGAGGGGGCCGGAUGGACCCUCCUAGGGGCUGCCCAGGGCCUGUGUACCGCAUCAUGACCCAGUGUUGGCAGCACAAGCCUGAGCUCCGCCCUAGCUUUGCCAGCAUCUUGGAGCGUCUGCAGUACUGCACUCAGGACCCCGAUGUGCUGAAUUCACUCCUGCCAAUGGAGCUGGGGCCCACCCCAGAGGAGGAAGGGGCUUCUGGGCUGGGGAACAGAUCUUUAGAGUGCCUAAGACCCCCACAGCCCCAGGAACUGAGUCCAGAGAAGUUGAAAAGCUGGGGAGCUAGCCCUCUUGGCCCCUGGCUGUCCUCUGGCCUCAAGCCCCUCAAAUCCAGGGGCCUCCAACCUCAGAACCUUUGGAAUCCCACUUAUCGCUCCUGAGCCCUAAGGGGCCCCGAGGGUAAGGACUGAGGCACUGAGGGUCCCUCCCUAUACUCCUCAGGCUCCUGGAUGGCCUGUUAUUGCCAGCGGCCCCUGUUCCCUGCAGUCUGUGCUGUGUGUCUGGGCCUGUCUUGGGGCUGGCCUGGCAGCACUGCACUUGCCAUGCUGGAAACCAGCCCAGGCCUCCCAGGGAAGUGCCCAGCCACUUCCAGCUUUUGAUCUUUGGGGCCAGAGGCCACCUUACACACACCCCAAGUGUCCAUGGGGAGCACUAGAUUGCUCUCCCAUUAUGAGCAUCCUUCAUCUGGGCAGAGCCCCACCCUGCAGAUGCUUCUAAUAAAAAGCUCUUCUCAUC